AGAGAAAAAAAUAAUUUAUAUCCAAUGUGGACGAUUAUGGAGUAAAAUGUUAAUUUUUUGAACGAAUGGAACGAAUCUCUCGGUGAACAGUGGAAUAUAUUCUGUGUUGUAACAUUUUGAGAGGACAAUGUCGGACAGAACAAUGGGACGGCAAGUACUGCUGUUUUCUUUUGUGAUUCAGCUCAGUUCAGUGUUAGCCCAAGUCAGCUACUCCAUCCCCGAAGAAAUGCCGAGUGGCUCUGUGGUCGGGAAUAUAGUUCAGGAUUUGGGUCUAGAUAUAAAACGACUGAAAUCGGGCAAAGCUCGUGUGUACACGGGAGAUGGUGCCGAAUACAUCGAGCUGAAUAGAGAACGAGGAGUCCUCCUUGUCAAAGACAGAAUAGACAGGGAGGCUAUUUGUAGAGAGACUACGCCUUGCGCGAUACAUUUCCAGAUCAUUUUAGAAAAUCCGAUGGAGUUUUACAGCAUUACAGUCGAAAUUACAGAUAUAAAUGACAAUCCUCCCGCUUUUGAGAAAAAUGAAGUCAGUUUUAAGAUCAGCGAAUCGGCUGUGGUUGGGGCAAAAUUUGUAUUAGACAGAGCAAUAGAUCUGGAUGUUGGUAAAAAUGGUCUUCAAAAGUACGAGCUGAAACCUACCGAUAAUUUUGUGUUGAAACAGGCUAAUCAAGGUGAUGCCACAGAGAAAGCUGAAAUGGUUUUACAGAGGCCUCUGGAUAGAGAAAAGGACGAGUUGUUGUCUCUGGUUUUAACAGCUUUUGAUGGAGGAGACCCGCAAAUGUCAGGAACAAUUCGGAUUUUCAUCACCAUUUUAGAUGCCAAUGAUAAUGCACCUGUUUUUACACAGCCCACCUAUGCAGCCACUGUUUCGGAAAAUUCCCCACAGGGGACGGUUAUCACCAGCGUUACUGCGUCAGAUGCAGAUUAUGGAGUUAAUGGGCGGAUAAAAUAUUCAAUCACAAGUAGUUUAAAUCAAGCACAUUCUAUGUUUGAGAUAAAUGAAGAAACUGGUGAGAUUAGAUUAACAGGAAAUAUUGAUUAUGAAAAGGCUCGAAAUUAUCAUCUUAACAUACGUGCAAAUGAUGAAGGUGGACUAACAGAUUCUUGUAAAGUCAUUGUCGAAGUGAUAGAUAUAAAUGACAAUAGACCAACCAUAAAUGUGAUGUCAACAUCUAAUAUGAUAUCUGAACACUCUGAACCGAACACUGUUGUAGCGAUGAUGAAUGUGCAAGAUCCAGAUUCAAAUGAAAACGGCAAAGUCCACUGUUUUAUUAACGAUAACACCCCUUUGACUAUUAAGUCCACAUCCAAUAAUUUCUAUAGUUUAGUUACUGACAGCGAUUUAGACAGAGAGGUCGCCUCUGAAUAUAACAUCACAGUGACGUGUUCUGAUGAGGGAGUGCCCUCCCUCUCCAGCAGCGUGACUGUCACCUUGCAGAUCUCUGACGUGAAUGACAACGCUCCUGUGUUUGACAGGAGCUCAUAUGAGGCCUCGAUUGUAGAGAACAACACACCAGGCCUCUCUAUAUUCACAGUGAGAGCCAGAGACGCUGACUGGAAGCAGAAUGCCCGUGUUUCUUACAUCCUGGAGGACUCCUCAGUGAACGGAGUGCCAGUGUCCUCAUAUGUGUCGGUGAGUGCUGAUAGUGGAGUCAUCAAUGCAGUGCGCUCUUUUGACUACGAGCAGAUCAAAGACUUCCAGUUCCGUGUCAGAGCUCAGGAUGGAGGCUCUCCUCCACUCAGCAGCAACGUGACAGUGAGAAUGUUGAUCCAGGACCAGAACGACAACCCCCCUCAGGUCCUGUACCCAGUCCAGACUGGAGGCUCAGUGGUGGCUGAGAUGGUGCCUCGUGCAGCAGACGUGGGCUAUCUGGUGACCAAAGUGGUGGCUGUUGAUGUGGACUCUGGCCAGAAUGCGUGGCUGUCGUAUAAACUGCAGAGAGCCACAGACAGGGCGCUGUUUGAGGUGGGCUCCCAGAAUGGAGAGAUCAGAACUAUCCGCCAAGUGAGUGAUAAAGAUGCAGUCAAACAGAGACUGACUGUUAUCGUGGAGGACAACGGCCAGCCGUCUCGUUCAGCCACAGUCAUUGUGAACGUGGCGGUGGCGGACAGCUUCCCUGAAGUGCUGUCUGAGUUCACUGACUUCACACAGGACAAGGAGUACAAUGACAACCUGACGUUUUACUUGGUGCUGGCUCUGGCUGUGGUGUCGUUCCUGUUCAUCACGUGUUUGGUGGUGAUUAUCUCAGUGAAAAUCUACCGAUGGAGACAGUCUCGCAUCCUCUAUCACUCCAGUCUUCCUGUGAUUCCAUAUUAUCCUCCACGUUACUCAGACACUCUGGGCACAGGGACUCUCCAGCACGUGUACAAUUACGAGGUGUGCAGGACGACUGACUCGAGGAAGAGUGACUGUAAAUUCGGCAGAGGUGGUAGUCAGAACGUGCUGAUCAUGGACCCCAGUUCAACAGGGACCAUGCAGAGGAUUCAGAGUGAGAAGAGCAUCCUGGAUGAACCAGACUCUCCUCUCGAGGUCAGAAAGAAACCGUUUUAA